UCUAUCCCCAGGAGGAGCUCACUCUCUGGCGCCAAGUUCCCUGGGGUGAGUUUUCUUCUAGAAGAGUCCAGGGGAACAGGUAAGGAGUGGGAGGCAGGGAGCCCAGUUCUGGGAUGGGGAUUCCGGGAUGAAAACUGAAGACGGAUGGGGCCCAUGACGAGGGUUUCUCCCUGGUUUCUCAGACGGUUCUUGGGCCAAGACUGAGGGAGACAUUGAGACAGAGGCUUGGCACAGGAGGAGCGGGGUCAGGGCGAAGUCCAUGGCCCCAGGCGUGGCUCUCAGGGUCUCAGGCCCCAAAGGCUGAGUAUUAAUUGGGGAGGCUCAGCGUUGGGGAUUCCCCAUCUCCACAGCGUUUCUCUUCUCCCUCUCCCAACCUAUGUAGGGUCCUUCUUCCUGGAUUCCCUGUUCUGAAGUCCCCGCGAACCCACUGGGACUCAGAUUCUCCCCAGACCCCAAGGAUGGGGUCAUGGCGUCCCGAACCCUCCUCCUACUGCUCUCGGGGACCCUGGCCCUGACCGAGACCUGGGCGGGCUCCCACUCCAUGAGGUAUUUCAGCACCGCCGUGUCCCGGCCCGGCCGCGGGGGGCCCCGCUUCAUCUCCGUGGGCUACGUGGAUGACACGCAGUUCGUGCGGUUCGACAGCGACGCCGCGAGUCCGAGGAUGGAGCCGCCGGCGCCGUGGGUGGAGCAGGAGCGGCCGGAGUAUUGGGACCCGAGCACACGGAACACCAAGGCCCACGCACAGACUGACAGAGUGAACCUGCGGACCCUGCUCCGCUACUACAACCAGAGCGAGGCCGGGUCUAACACCCUCCAGAUAGAGUAUGGCUGAGACUUGGGGCUGGAUGGGCGCCUUCUCCGCGGUUAUGAACAGCACGCCAAAGAUGGCAAGGAUUACAUCGCACUGAACGGGGACCUGCGCUCCUGGACCGCAGCAGACACGGCUGCUCAGAUCACCAAGCGCAAGUGGGAGGCAGAGGAAUUUGCAAAGCAGGUCAGGGCCUACCUGGAGGGCAUGUGCGUGGGGUGGCUCCGCAGACACCAGGAGAACGGGAAGGAGACGCUGCAGCGCGCGGAUCCCCCCACAACACAUGUGACCCACCAUUCCAUCUCUGACUAUAAGGCCACCCUGAGGUGCUUGGCCCUGGGCUUCUACCCUGUGGAGAUCACACUGACCUGGCAGCGGGAUGGGGAGGACCAGACUCAGGACAUGGAGCUUGUAGAGACCAGGCCCGGGGAUGGAACCUUCCAGAAGUGGGCAGCUGUGGUGGUGCCUUCUGGAGAGGAACAGAGAUAUACGUGCCAUGUACAGCAUGAAGCAUUGCCUAAGCCCCUCGCCCUGAGAUGGAAACAGUCUUCUCAGCCCACCAUCCCCAUCGUGGGCAUCAUUGCUGGCCUGGUUCUCCUUGGAGCUGUAGUCACUGGAGCUGGGGUCGCUGCUGUGAUGUGGAGGAAGAAGAGCUCAACUGGGGAAGGGAUAGAAACAGAGUGAUCUACUCUCAAGCUGCACAAGCCUGAUAUGGCUAAAGAAUGAAUGGAAUUCCUCCAGACGUGACCAACUAGGAGUCCUGAUUGCAGCUGCCAUACUGGCUGGAUAUCACUGCUUGGGGAGAUUAAUAAUGCCUCAGUCACAUGGCAAGCAGCUGUGGAUAUGGUGAGUGCAUUCUCUCCCAUUUCAUUUAGAAGAUGGAAAUGGAAUGAUUCACACUUACAUGGGAUUUAUAAUACGUUUAUUGAUAGCUUGCCUCAGGGCUACCUUAACUCCUCAACCUUCUAUAAAUAUCGCCUUGAGAGACCUGGACAAAUCAAAUAUCUCACGGAAUACUAUAUCUGCUCAUUUCAUUGGCAAUAUCACAUAAAUUGGGAAGGAUGAGCAAGAGGAGGAAAGUACACCAAAUUCCUUGGCAAAACACGUGCACUGUGGAAGGUGAAGAUAAACCUCACAGAGCUUCAAGAGUGGCCACUGCAGUGAAGUGUUAUGGGUCCAGUGGUUACAGGCAUGCAGGGCUCUCCCCUCCAAAGUAAAAGACACACUUGCAUCUUGCAUCCUCACCAGAAGGAAGGAUGCACACUGCCUGGUAAGCCUCUCUGGAUUCUGGCAACACCACAUUCCACAUCUAAGUAUAUUGCUUUGGCCCACACUCUGGGUGAUAUAGGAGGAGGCCAGUUUUGAGUGGGGCCUGGUCAGGAAAAGACACUGCCGCAGACCCAGGCUGUGGUGCAGCCAGUCACCAUCCCUCAGCACCUGGUGCUGGAGGUGGCAGUUUGGGGAAAGAUGCAGGAUGGAGCUGAACCAAGCAUCAGUGGGAGUCAGAAUGGAGGGCCUGGGAUCAGAAGUAAGGUCAUGGAAUCCACAGCAGAGAAACAUGCUCCUUGUUAGAAGCAACUUUUAGCAUGUUCCUGGCCCUGAUAAGAUAGAAUGCUUGAUCAUGAGACACCAAGCAACCUGUGAUUCCAAGUGCCCUUGUGCAUUGGCUUCUAUGUGACCCAUAGAGUCAUAGAUUGGACAGACCCAGCGGCAUCUAUCAUGAGAUGCAAAUGGUCCAUGUAGGUUGAGCCUCAAUUCCAUGUUAACACCCACAGAAAACACCCAGCCCUGACGUGGCCCUGAAUCACCAAACAAAUUGAAGAUAAAUUGAAGUUAGCCAGUCCGCAUCAUGGAUCAGCCCAGGCCUGAUAGGAAGGACCCAUGAGUGGAGC